AUGUAUUUAUCUUACCUUUUAGUCAUUGUCUUUUCUUUUCACAGUGGUCUAAGCACCACUUGCCCAAGAAGAUGCAGUUGUGACCCUGCCCAGUCAGUGCAAUGCUACAGAACUACGGAGAUCCCCAGAGAGAUUCCUUUUAGCACCAGGAGACUCUACAUCAGUCACAGCAAAAUUAAACAACUCCAGAUUACUGACUUCAGGAGAAUGUCAGCCCUUGAAGAGCUGGUCCUAUCAUGCAGUGGCACAGAAUCAAUAGAAAACAACACUUUCAAAGCUCUGAGCACCUUGAAGUCCCUGGAACUCUACAAAAAUCAGCUAAAACACAUACCCACCUUCCUUCCACCUGGCCUUGAAAUUUUAAAACUCGCUGAUAACUCCAUCAACACUCUGCAUGCAUCUGAUUUUGAAGGUUUGCUGAAACUAAGAGUGCUCGAUAUUCAAAACAACUUGAUUGCGACCCUGCCUUCAAGCCCAUUUUCUUCCCUUUUCAAUUUACAAAGUCUGAUUCUGGAUGGCAACAACAUGGAAUCUGUCUCUGCACCACUUAAGCUCCCUAGGCUGAAGUAUCUGAGCAUGUCUGAUAAUAAACUGAACUCAUUCCCAACCAACUUCUUUGCAUCUUUCCAGAAUCUACAGUUUCUCAGUUUAAGUGGCAACUUUCUGACGAAAGUGCCUCUUGACCUACCUAAAUCCCUGUUGUCACUAAAAUUAGAGAAAAAUCAACUUAAAACAAUAAGACUUCGAGACAUGAAACACCUAGAAAACCUGUAUGAGUUCUUCCUGUCAGAAAAUCAGCUAACAUCAAUAGAUGGUGUCCAGCUUCUUCCCAACUUAACAACACUGGAGCUCUCUAAGAACCAGCUCCACACUAUGCCAGUCAGGCUGCCUGGCAGACUACAGAAACUCGACUGCAGCAGUAACCUGAUUCAAAGGGUGACAGCACAGGAAUUCCAAGGACUACAAGACCUCAAGCACUUGUUUCUUGACAACAACGCUGUUAGCAUGUUUGAGGCAGGAGCUCUUCAGCAGUGUGCACAGCUUUCGAAUCUGGCGCUGGAACAGAAUCUCCUCAUUUCUAUUCCUCUGAGACUUCCAGACACCCUUGCUAGAUUGGAUCUAAAGGGAAAUGACAUAGAGGAUGUUGGAGAACAAGAGCUGAAGGACUUGAAACAGCUUCAGGUUUUAAAUUUACGGAAUAACAAGAUAUCCGCCUUGGAUCGCAAAGUCUUAGAGUAUUUACCCCGUCUUCGUCAUCUGUAUUUAGACGGAAACCCUUGGAACUGCACCUGUGACCUUCUCAGAACCAGAAGAGCACUGGUGGCCAAAGGGACGGAUGUCAGAGGAGGGCAGUGCGUGGCGCCAGCAGAAAGCCGAGGAGAGAGCUGGAUGUCUUCCAAGAAGAUUCUGCAGCAGUGUGAAGAUAAUCUGUCUUCCACAGAACGAGGCAAAGAGGACAGAAAGAAAAUGAAACCCAGUGAGGCCUCCAGCAUUGGAGUGAACACAGAUGAUGAUUACUAUGAUUAUGAAUUAGACUAACCCCAUGGCUGUGAAUUAGACAACCUCAUCUUGUCUAGAGCUGCCAACUACCACCAGCAUCUUUACUGACAACCGUCUGCUGACCUGCCACUAACUUUUCCUCUUUCAUUUGUACUAUAAGAGGUAAUAGCUAGCGACAGAAGGGCUUAAUAAGGAUGCUAUUGUAAACCAAAAAUCGUAAAAAAUCCAAAUUGUUUUUCUAUCCCAUUAGUACUAUGUAGU